GGUGCGCGGUGAGUCCAUGGUGCGCGCAGCAGAAACCACUUGGAUGAGUAAAAAGAGUUUUUCUGCGGUUCUGGAGUGAUGUUCACAAACACUGCUGGAUGAUGAGGAUGAGGAGGAGGUGUUGUAGAGGCAGAGCGUCUUAAACUUGCUCUUCUACCUUUUGUACAGUCACAUAAGAGAACCAGUGGAGAAGAUGAUGGUCCAGGUUUCUUGUGGCCUCAGCCUGCAGGUGUGUUUGUUCCUCCUGAUGGUGGGACAGCCACAAGGGAAAGUGACGGCCCCGGAGCGCGUUGAAGCUCCGGUGGAGAAGCCCUUCACGCUGACCUGCACUGUGUCCAGGGAGCGGGGCGAGUCCCUGAGGCAGGUGCGCUGGCUGGACGUUCAGAACCAGACCCUCCUGACCUACCAGCCCGGGGACAGGGACAGCGUGAGCGGACAGCAGCACGUGGAGCUGGCCUCCUCCCCGAAGGACACCUCGGCCAUCACCAUCCGCAGGGUGGGCUUCCGAGAUGAAGGCUGCUACACCUGCAUCUUCGACCUGCACCCGUCUGGCUCGAGGGAGGGACGGACGUGCCUCACUGUGAACUCUCAAGUCACCAGCGACAGAAACAAAACGGCGCUGAGCGGGAAGAAGGCCUCCCUGUCCUGCUCCUACGGCCUGCCCGAGAAGGUGCAGCAGGUGGUGUGGAGACACACGUCCCCCCAGGGCGACGCCACCGAGGUGGCCUCCUUCGCCAAGCGGAGCGACCCCAUGAUCGAGCCCACGUACCAGGGGAGAGUGUGGCUCAGCGCCUCGCUGGCCGACACUCAGCUCACCAUCCAGCCGGUGGUCAUCCAGGACGAGGGCUGCUACACCUGCCUGUACGAGACCUACCAGGAGGGGGUGAAGAGCUCCGUGGUUUGCCUCUCCACCUUCGUGCUGCCCAAACCUCAGGUGAGCUACAAAACCACCUCCCCAGGUGUGAUAGAGGCCAACUGCACCUCCGUGUCGCGGCCGCCGGCUGAGAUCGUCUGGAACGUGGAGCGGGACAACCGCACCAUGGGCCCGCCGGUGAGCACGCAGCUCCCGCAGGCCGAUGGCACCACGCUGGUGGUCAGCACGCUGACGGUCCAGUCGGGGCUGCUGAAGGACGUGUCCAUCAAAUGCCUGGUGCACCACAAAGGGCUGGAGUCACCGAUCGCCGUGUCCAUGAACACCAAGAUCGGGACGGCUCUCACCAUCCUGAUCUCAGUCACCACGGUCGCUGCUCUGCUGGUCAUGUCUCUGUGUUUCUGCCUCUGGAAGUGUUUCCUGCGCAAAGAAGCUGACUGAUUCUCCAGAUCAGAUCAGAUCAGAGUGGGAAGAGGAGGCCGUGCUGUUCAGAUAAAUUCUCGCAGAAUUCUCCACUUGCUGCACCGUCAUCGUCUUGGUCCAGAAGGAAGCUGUUCCGACACGCCGCCGUAGGAUGUCCAGUACAAUCCUAUCUGUGAGCACCGACUGAACAAUGACAUUCAACUCUGCUGCCUCUGAAUCUUGUUUAAACCCCAGGCUGUCCUCACACGUAGUCCCAGACGAACUCUCGAGCGGAUCGCAUUUUUCCUCAGCGACAUUAAUGGAUUGAGUGAACGUCUGCGUCCUCCACCGCCAACAGGAGACUCUCAGCUGUAUUAUUACUCUGCAGCAUGUCACGUACCGUUUUGCAAUACUUCUGUGUCUUUUUAUGUGGUGCUCAAAGAAAAGCUGUGGGGAUAUUCUAUAUUUUUUCUUACUCGGCACCUGCACAUGCUUUUUAGUUCAGACGCUUUGCACAAGAUGUGUCCAUUUCCGCAGCUCAAAACAUAGAAUAAUAAAGUGAUUAUUUACCAUUUUUCAGUAAUUACAUGUAGCUACAACAUCUUUUUUUUUUUUUAAGAUGUCAUUUAACUGUUUCUUUUAACCAAAAAAGGUGUGGCUGCAGAAUUUUUCAGAGAUGACUAACACUUUGAUGACAGAUGAAAAAUUAUACUUGUAUUUUUCUUUAAGUCAGUGGUUUCCACCUUUUUUUUUUUAACCAAAGGGCCCCUUUUCCAAGAGGUCCCUCAAAAACAACAACAGUUUCCCAGGUUUACUGUAGAAUCCAUACUGUUUCGUUUUGUUUAUUUUUGACAUGUGAAAAUCAAAUACUGUCAAUUCCCAGCCUGACCCUUCCUGUGAUCUCUGGCGCCCCCUCCAGGGGGUCCUGAACACCAAGUAGGGAACCACCACCUUAAAAGUCAUCAACCCUAUUGGCACUAUGAUCUGUCAUUUACAUUUUAUUACACCUCAGUUGAAGCCCUCUUCCUCUCCAGUGAGGCGUAUAAACUGGGUGGGGUUCUGAACAGUAUUUGGCUGAACGGGCCUCGUACCUACGUCCUGUUUGUGUUGAUAUCUGUCUGUGUAUUUUCAUCAUGUUCGGAGGUUUGUCGUGUAUUUUUAUUGGAGGUUAAAUUCCAUGGUCAGAUGGCUUAAAUCAGCUGCCUGAUGAAGCAGCACUAAACCUUUUAGGUGCCUCCAGAAAGGAAUGUGUGUCUUGUGGCCA